CCGGAGGUAACCGUCUACCGGUUCGGACAGUUUUGUAAAAAGUCUGUUAGAAGUUUAGAUUGAAAUGGAUUGUAUUAAUAAGGAUGGCGUUGAUUCCGAUUUUCGAAGACGAGUUCAAAAUACUCCAGAACGAAUCUCACCCGAGUUCUACGAUGCAGCUCACAAGUCAGAACAUACUUGCGUUAAAAGGAUACGCCUGAAAGAGUUUGCAUGUCGGGAGUCCCUGCUCACCGAACUGCUCGAAGUUCCUCACAUAAGAUCAAUCCGGCGACUCUUUGUGGGAAUAUUCUGCAUGGCGAUCCUGCUCACCGUGCUCUACAAUUUGGCCGAGUUUGGCACGCUGAACCUGGGUUUGGGAGUUUUCCAAGCAGGAUUCGCCAAGCCCCACCUCUCGCUGGCCGUGUGGGUCACCAUGCAGACGGCAACGUUUUGCGUUUAUCCCUGCUUUAUCGGAUGGGCUUGCUAUCGGAAGCGGCUCAAGCACGGUGUUUUGCGAGCGGUUUGUGAUUACGCGUACUAUCUGGGGGUUUUCACGUUCCAGUGUAGCUUCUUGGUUCUGGUGACCUGUUCCGUUGUUUGGCUGGAGCUGCCACCGGCGGCUACGGUAGCGGUGUUGAUGGAGAUGCUACGAUUCGUCAUGAAGAUCCAUGCGUUCUUUUGGAGUAACGUUUCACGAGUUGUGGACAACUCGACUGGCGUUGCUUCUUUCAGACAGUUUGCGUACUUUUUGUUUGCACCGACGCUGGUGUAUCGUGAUGAGUACCCACGAACCAGUGGAAUCCGAUGGCCAGUGGUUUUCCGCCAUCUGAAAGAGUUUGUUUGCUGUGUUUGGUUCUUCAGUUUGGUCUACGAAUGGUUGGUGUUCCGACAGAUUGGUAGUUUAGGUGCGGUGAAGCUAUCCGGAGGUCAGUUCAUAUUGGCGUUCUUCAGUGCAAGUGCGGCAGGACUCACGUCGGUGCUGCUGUUCUUCUACUGCGUCCAACACUGCUGGAGCAAUGCCGUGGCGGAGGUUAUGUGCUUCGGGGAUCGACAGUUCUACGAUGACUGGUGGAAUGCGCACACCUUUGCGCAGUAUAUGCGCCGUUGGAACGGGAUAGUUCACGAUUGGUUGCAUACGUACGUGUACCGGGAGUCGAUCGAGUUGGUGUUCCGGGAACGUCGCUGGCUGGGAACCGUGCUGGUGUUUACGAUUUCGGCGUUUUUUCACGAGGUCGUUAUAACGGCCGCGUUUCGGAACUUGUAUCCUGUAAUGGCGAUCCAGUUUGAGGUUGGCGGAUUGACGUUCAUGUUUGUGAAGGUUCACAUGAGCCAAGGUUUGGGCAAUACGAUGCUGUGGAUCAUGCACUGCCUCGGUAACGGGGUCCACGUGUUACUGUACGCGAUGGAAUACUACGCGAGGAGGAACUGCCCAGCUGAUAUGGGUUCACUGCUGCAUUACGCAGUUCCCGUCUCCUGGUCCUGCAACGGAAUAGCGUUGAGUGGGAACUGGAGCACGUCGUGGAAUUAGCUAGCAUCCCUACUUUAGUAGGCUAAGCGUGCCAAGGUUGAGUUCAAAGUACAGGCUACGAUCCGUAGUAACAGCGCUGUUUAUUACCGAUAUUUACUGUAAAUAACGAACCUGCGGAUCGUGAAGUGAUAGCCUAUGAACUACUUACCUAUAGUCGUUAUCAGCCAGCCACGCUUUAUUGUACUAACGCUGAUAACGUGCCGGUAAACUAGUAAGUGCAAAAGGAUUAAGGAGUUAUUUUAAGCAUCCAGAUCUCAAUAAAAACGAGGAAUGUUCUAAGAGAUAAAUCUACAACCCUU